GGAAUCUUCCUCGCAAACCGUACCCGCAUGGCUUUCAUCUUCUACUAAGAUGGAUGUCGCUGUGAUCGGCCUAGGUAAGUGGGCCACGCUUUCCCCCGACUGUAAAAGACCGAUUGACAUAUUAUUCGCUGUAGGAGCCUUCGGGCUUGUGGCACUUAAGAACCUGAGAGAGGAGGGGUUUAAUGCGACCGGGUUCGAUAGGAAUUCGUAUCUGGGCGGGCUCUGGCAGUUCACAGAGGAAGAUCAAACAUCCGUCCUGGAAUCCACAAUUGUGAAUAUCUCGAAAGAGAGGGGCUGCUUCACGGAUUUUUCGUUUCCAAAAGAGACCAGCUCUCAUGCCACUGCGGCAGACGUCCAAAAGUACCUCGCCGAUUAUGCGGCUCAUUAUGAGCUCCUGCCUCACGUCCACCUCGGCGUGAACGUGUUGAGCGUAACCAGAGAUGACCAAAACAAGAAAUGGGUGUUGAGCAUCGCCGGGCCCAACGGUGCGAACAGACUUGUCUCGUUCGACAAAGUAAUCGUGGCCUCUGGGACCAACCAUAGUCCCGUGAUACCCAUUCUGAAAGGCCAAGAGUUGUACAAAGGGCAAAUCCUGCACUCUAAGGGUUUCAAAAGGCCUUCUGAUUACAAGGACAGGAGAGUGAUGGUCGUUGGUAUAGGCAAUUCCGCAGCAGACACCGCCACGUCUCUGGUAUCAAUUGCGAAGAAAAUUUUCCUCUCUCACCGACACGGCGCGUACAUGAUGCCGAGAUCCCAGCCCAACGGAGAGCCGCUCGACCAUUUCCUUACGUACAGGAAAACCAAGAUGUCGAUGACCAUGCAGAGAUACCUCCCGCGACAGUGGGAAGCCGUGAGUAAUAAAAUGCUGGGCAAGAUGCAGAACGCAUCUUUUCAGCUGAGGCCCGAAUGGCACAUCAAUCCUGCACCAUCCAUCGUUCAUAACGUGCCGACGGUGACGGAUACCUUGAUCCCAGCGCUGGAGAAAGGAGAGAUCGAAUCUGUCGAGAUGGCGAAAGAGAUCACCGGCGAUUUUACCGUGGAGCUGGCAGACGGCAAGGUUGUCGAAGUCGACACCAUCAUAUGGUGCACCGGGUAUCAUGUCGACUACAGCAUCGUUGGUGACUUUGAUCCUACCCUCGAAACCUGCCACACGGAUGUCUCAGACGAAGCUUUAAAAACGGUGCCACCCCAACCUGCAAAAGAUCCUGCAUCCAAACCAAAGCACUUUGUACCACGGGUUCCCCGACUAUACCAAAAUCUCCUGUCCCUCACUCAUCCGGACUCUCUGGCUUUCCUCGGCACCGCGGCGAUUCCGUCUGCCGCGUUCCAAAUUUACGACCUCGCCACGAUGGCUAUUGCGCAAUUAUGGAAACCCGAUGACUCUUCGCCCUCGCUGCCUUCGCGCCUUGAAAUGAUCACUUGGGUUCGGAACCACCUCAACUGGGCCAACGCAAUCUUGGCCCGCGGCGCCUUCAACACUCGGAUGGUCUACGCACCGGACUGGAGCGACUGGCUCGAUACAACGUCAGGUUGCCUCGUGAACGAGCAUUUGGGCUACGGGCGCACAGGCUGGGCGUUCUGGUGGAAAGACUCCAAAUUCUGCAACCUCCUCAUGGACGGGAUCUAUAGUCCCCACGUCUAUCGAUUGUUCGACAGCCACGGCCGACGGAAGCCAUGGGCCGGCGCAAAAGAUGCAAUCAUCAGUGUCAAUGAGGAGACAGAAAAAAGACGGCAAGAGAGUAUACAGCGCAAAGGGGGUGCAUGAUAUAGAGAGCGUCAUCCAACUUAUAUUAGACGGGCUGCGACUAGUCAUUUCCAAAGUGUUCUUCGAAGCAAGGAUUCAAAAAUUUUCCUUCCUUCGGCUUUCUAGUAGGACUUCUCAAAGUUUUAGCCUCUUUAAAGGAAUCAAUGCCUAUCGAUAUCUAUCUUG